AUAUACCCCUUCUCCGCUCCGCCACCGGGACAGAGCUGCGGUCGGCGUGCCAGCAGUAGCUGGAGCCGCUCUUUCCCUUUCUUCCGUCCCUCUUCCCUACCUCCCGCCCUCCUUCCGCGACCCGCCUCCCGCCGGCGGCACCAGCUCCGCCCGGCGCUGCUGCUCGCCCGCCGCGUCUCCGCGGCCCCGCCGGACCGGCACAGCCCAGCUCCUUUCCCAUGCGCGGCGCUGCGUCGCCCACGGACCUCCGCGCUCGCCCGGGAGCCGCUGCUGUGUGAAAGAAAAUGUCCGUCAGCAUGCAUGAAAAUCGCAAGUCCAGGGCCAGUACUGGCUCCAUAAACAUAUACUUGUUCCACAAGUCAUCCUAUGCUGAUAGUGUCCUUACUCACCUAAACCUUCUGCGUCAGCAGCGUCUCUUUACAGAUGUACUUCUCCAUGCUGGAAACAGGUCAUUCCCCUGCCACAGAGCAGUUCUAGCUGCUUGUAGCCGCUAUUUUGAAGCAAUGUUCAGCGGAGGACUGAAAGAGAGCCAGGACAGUGAAGUCAACUUUCACAACUCUAUUCACCCAGAAGUGCUGGAGCUUCUUCUGGACUAUGCAUAUUCCUCCAGAGUUAUCAUCAAUGAGGAAAAUGCAGAGUCACUGCUGGAGGCUGGUGACAUGCUGGAGUUUCAGGACAUUCGGGAUGCUUGUGCAGAGUUUCUGGAGAAAAACCUUCAUCCCACCAACUGUCUUGGGAUGCUGCUGCUGUCAGAUGCUCAUCAGUGUACCAAGCUGUAUGAGCUCUCUUGGAGGAUGUGCCUUAGCAACUUCCAGAGUAUCAGUAAAAGUGAAGACUUCCUCCAGCUGCCAAAAGACAUGGUAGUGCAGCUCCUUUCCAGUGAAGAAUUAGAAACUGAAGAUGAAAGGCUGGUAUAUGAAUCGGCUAUUAACUGGGUCAACUAUGACCUGAGUAAGCGUCACUGUUUCCUGCCAGAGCUACUGCAGACAGUGAGACUGGCCCUCCUGCCAGCCAUAUACCUUAUGGAGAAUGUGGCCAUGGAAGAACUUAUCACCAAGCAAAGGAAAAGCAAGGAGAUUGUAGAAGAAUCAAUAAGAUGCAAGUUGAAGAUCUUACAGAACGAUGGAGUGGUCACCAGCUUGUGUGCCAGACCCCGAAAAACUGGCCAUUCACUUUUUCUUUUAGGUGGCCAAACCUUUAUGUGUGACAAGCUGUACUUGGUGGAUCAAAAGGCAAAGGAGAUCAUUCCAAAGGCUGACAUUCCAAGCCCACGGAAAGAGUUCAGUGCUUGUGCCAUAGGCUGCAAGGUGUAUAUCACUGGGGGACGAGGAUCAGAAAAUGGGGUCUCCAAAGACGUGUGGGUGUAUGACACCCUUCAUGAGGAGUGGUCGAAGGCCGCUCCCAUGCUGGUGGCUAGGUUUGGCCAUGGCUCUGCCGAACUUAAGCACUGUUUGUAUGUAGUAGGGGGGCACACUGCAGCAACUGGUUGCCUUCCAGCUUCCCCUUCAGUAUCCCUGAAGCAAGUAGAACAGUAUGACCCCGUGACCAACAAAUGGACCAUGGUGGCCCCACUGCGAGAGGGAGUGAGCAAUGCAGCUGUAGUCAGUGCGAAGCUGAAGCUGUUUGCUUUUGGUGGUACCAGUGUUAGCCAUGACAAGCUGCCCAAAGUCCAGUGCUAUGAUCAGUGUGAAAACAGAUGGACUGUACCAGCCACCUGCCCCCAGCCCUGGCGCUACACAGCUGCAGCUGUUCUGGGAAACCAGAUUUUUAUUAUGGGUGGAGAUACUGAAUUCUCUGCAUGCUCUGCUUAUAAAUUCAAUAGUGAGGCAUACCAGUGGACUAAGGUGGGAGAUGUGACAGCGAAGCGAAUGAGCUGCCAUGCAGUGGCAUCUGGAAACAAAUUGUAUGUGGUUGGAGGCUACUUUGGCAUUCAGAGGUGCAAGACAUUGGACUGCUACGAUCCCACAUUAGAUGCGUGGAACAGCAUAACAACUGUGCCCUAUUCAUUAAUUCCUACGGCAUUUGUCAGCACAUGGAAGCACCUCCCCUCCUAAUUGUGUAUUUGUUGGCAAUUACAAGUUAUCAGUUUACUCCUUUAUUUGGAGAAGAUAAUUGGAACCUCAGAUCUGGAGAAGUUUUUAUGAAGAAAAUCAUUCAGCGUUUCUUGCAUUUGAAGAAAAUCAUCUGCACCUUGUAAAUUAUCCAACCCAGACAUGAAGGAAUGGGAGAAGAAACCCCUGUCUUUAGUGCUUCAACACGUGGUUUAAAUAUGAAUGGACAAACCUUGUGCUAGUAAUUGUGGAUUAAUGCCCAUGUUAAUCAGUCCUUCAAAGAUGAAAAAAACAGAGCGGCUCUUAGCUGUGCACCACACAUCACUUGAUUUCCAUGGACCCCACUGUUUUUAUGUGAAAUUUGAAAUGGUUGUCACCUCUCUUUGUGGUGGUUUGAAGUGCCAGCGCCAGCUGCAGGGGCAGCAGGCCAGGUCUGAAACAGCAAGAUGCUGCUGUGAGUGAAGAUACAGCAGCAUUGCUGCUGAGCUCUGCUGACUGGAGUGUGCUUGCCUGUGGGCAGUGCCCGCAGCGUCUGUUUCACCCUGUGUUGCAUUGUCCUGUGUGCAGUAAGUGACCUUCUGUUCAUAAGCACCAGUCCAGUGGUGAAAUGUUUUUGCAACAGUGGGGAACAAACAUUACAGCCCCAAAAUGCUCAUUGUUCCUGUUCUUCCCUGUAUUUAUAAUUCAGCCUUUCCUAUUAUGUUAGUUGUUGUAGAUAUAGUUAUUUAUUGUUCAAUGCUUGCAUGCUGAAACAAUGCCUGCAAUUGUCUUCAUGUUGCAAGGGCUUGUGUGAAUUGUAUGUUUUGCACAUAUUGUGAUUGCUGACUUGCUCUGCUGCACAAAGAAAGAAAACUGUUGGGUAACAGUUGGAGGUGGGAGGGAGGAGUGGCUUCCCAGUCGGAAAUGGAAGGAUUACGAGACAGGAUUUAAAGUUACACGUGUACUAAAGGAAGAAGCCAUGGAGGUCACUUUCUCAGGCCACCAGCUUCCCAGGUUGCAUGUGGUGUGUUUUGUAGAUGGUGUCCUUGCAACAUUUCAUUUGUUGGUCAUGCCUUUCAAUUUCUAACCUGGAAAUAGCCAAAGUCUCUUGCAACACUCGCUUUGUGCAGCUUCCUGAUUGCAACGCAAAUACUGUGGAAGAGCUUCUGGAUACCAAGCCCAGAUGAAGUCAUUGUCCAAACUUAUUUAUUUAUUUAUUGGGUUGGAGGAGGGUUACCUACAAUAUAGCCACAUUGUCCUGAAGGAGUGGAGAAUGGUGAUUCAAGAAUAAAAACAAAAAAGAAAACCUCAACAUAGGUUAAUGAUGAAGUCUUA